GCGAAACAGCCGCCAUUUCACGUGUGAGCAUCGCAAGCGGGCGGCGUUUCGGACGGAGUCCAACAAAAAUUUCGUUAAACUUAAGAGCGAUACAUCUAUCUGAGAUCCAUAGCCACAAACCAGUGAUUUUAUCUAAAGGUGGGGCGUUGGAGUUGUGUCUUUUCUGGCCUACCGUCCGGUUUUGAGAGGUGGGGAAAAUGAGUUACGGAAGGCCGCCGCCCGACGUGGAGGGAAUGACCUCCCUUAAAGUGGAUAACCUGACUUACCGGACUUCGCCGGAGACUUUACGCCGGGUUUUUGAGAAGUAUGGCCGAGUGGGUGACGUGUACAUUCCCCGGGACAGGUACACCAAGGAAAGUCGCGGCUUUGCUUUCGUACGUUUCCACGACAAGCGCGACGCCGAGGACGCCAUGGAUGCCAUGGACGGGGCGCUGCUUGACGGGCGGGAGCUCCGCGUGCAGAUGGCGCGAUACGGCCGCCCACCGGAUUCCCACUAUGGCCGUCGGGGAGGCGGUCCGCCUCGUAGAUACGGAGGGUACGGACGCAGAAGUAGGAGCCGCUCAGCCAGCCCCCGUCGCCGCAGACGCAGCCGUUCCAGGAGCAGAAGCCGCUCACGCUCCCGAAGCCGAUCCCGGUACAGCCGCUCCAGGUCCCGCUCCUAUUCACGAUCUAGGUCCAAGUCCAGAAGCCCCCGAAGGAGCAAAUCGAAGUCUCCCUCGAGGUCACGGUCCCGCUCAAAGUCCAAGUCCCGCAGUCGAACCCCGCCUUCCAACAGAGGGUCAAAGUCCAGGUCCAGGUCCAAGAGUAGGCCCAAAUCUCCAGAGGACAAUGGAACAGAGUCAUAGCCCAAACCUGGACACAAUGAGACGAUCUCAGCUGGGUGAGCUUUUGUCGAGGACAUCAGGAAGAGCGUAACACUGAGCAAGUGGAGUCCACUGUACACCCGUUGAUUACAGACCAAAAGGUUAUUCAAAUUUGGUCUUAGAUGUUUAAAUGGCUCAUGUUUUCACUUAACCGAACAAUUUUCUGUCCCAUUUGUGAUGAUUGUUCAUUUGCCAGAGCAUGUUGAAAGGGAUUUGUAAAUUGAAGGUUUUUCCCUUAGUUUUCAGUUCAUUGUUAUUGGAUUCAAUUUGUAACUCUUAGUAAGUUCGUUUUUUUGUGUAGAUUUUUUUGUUAAUCAAAUCCCUUGUUUGACACUUGUUCCAGAUGGAUCUGUAAGAAUUAUUAAUUUCCCAAGGUGAUGUAGAAAGGGUACCAUAUUGGAUGUGGAGAGCCUUACAAAAAGGAGUUCCACUGUUCUACACAAAUAUAGCAUAGUGUACAGUGACAUAAAAGUAAAGUAUGGAAAAGCUCAGUAUACCCUCUUUUUUUAGCUUUUGUGGUUUGCUAAUGCAGCAAGUGUUUUUCUUUCUUUCAUUUCUUUUCUGACUGAAUUUGUUUUGCUUUCCUAUGACUCUAACCCUCUUUCUUGUGUAUCUUUUGUGCACUAGGCGCAGUUGUGUAGCAGUUGAGUAAUGCUGGUUAGCUGUUAAGAUGCGGUGCUGUGCGGUGGUGAGAUGGUGUGGCGUGUUGCGGUACAGAGUGCCCGGUGCUGUUCCGGGGCUCGACCCUCCGCUGCCGUUUGCCGGUUUGUAAGAUCACAGGUGUGGCAGAUCAUCCAUCCUUACCUGUCUCGUGACUUCUCCCCUCAAUGUUCUGUACAAAUUCUCCUCUCAACCUCAACCUUUCUCUUUACCUCUCCCAUUUCCCCCUGGUUUAUCCACUGCUGAGCUGGUUUUGCCCAUAGUUUGACAUGGGAGUCUAGCGUGACUCGUGAUAGGUUGAAAGGGCGGUUCCAGCAUUUUGAGUUAAUCUGUGUACUGCAUUCCUUUUUGUGAACCCUUCAAUGUCUUGUUGCUUCAGGUAAAUCCUAAUAAAAUCUUUG